AUGAAGCAGCGUUUCUCCUCCAUCGACGUCAAAGUCAUCGCCCACGAGCUCCAAGAGAGCCUCACCACCUUGCGACUGGCCAACGUCUACGAUCUCUCCUCCAAGAUCCUGCUCUUCAAGUUCGCGAAGCCCGACAACAAGAAGCAGCUCAUUAUCGACGCUGGCUUCCGAUGCCACCUCACAGACUUUACGCGCACGACCGCCGCGGCGCCCUCGGCCUUUGUCGCGCGGCUGCGCAAGUUCCUCAAGACCCGGCGGUUGACGUCUGUCAAGCAGGUUGGAACGGACAGAAUUCUGGAGUUCCAGUUUAGCGAUGGCCAGUAUCGUCUCUUUCUUGAGUUCUUUGCUAGCGGAAACGUCAUCUUGACCGACGCCGACCUUAAGAUUCUCACACUCUUGCGAAAUGUUCCUGAAGGGGAAGGCCAGGAACCUCAGCGGAUCGGGUUGAACUACUCACUAGACAGCCGACAGAACUUCAACGGCGUUCCACCUCUUACGAAAGACAGAGUACGUGCGGCACUGGAGUUGUCAGUCAAGAAGGGCGCAACAGCCGUCUCAGCAGGAAAGAAAACGAAGACGAAGCCAGGAGAUGAGCUGAGGAGGUGCUUGGCAACAACGAUUACUGAACUGCCGCCUAUCCUCGUCGACCACUCAUUCCAGAUUACCAAAUUUGAUGGCAACAAGAAACCCGCCGAGAUCCUCGAGGAUGAGUCUCUACUGGAUGCGCUCUUGAAGGCUUUGACCGAAGCCCGAAGCAUUGUCGAGGUUGCUACCAGCUCUGCCACGGCCAAGGGCUACAUUUUCGCCAAGUACCGAUCGAAGCCGGAGACCGCGCCGGCAGCGGAAGGGGAGGAGACGAGGCGAUCAGAUCUUCUCUACGACGACUUCCACCCCUUCUUGCCUAACAAGUUUGCAAACGACCCUACGGUCAAGGUCAUUGAGUUCGACGGCUACAACAAAACCGUGGACGAGUUCUUCUCGUCUUUGGAGGGCCAGAAGCUCGAGUCAAGACUGACUGAACGAGAGGCCGCGGCAAGGAGGAAGCUUGAUGCCGCGAGAAAUGACCAGGAGAAGCGCAUCGAAGGCCUCCGGGAGGCCAAGUCCCUCAAUGUUCAGAAGGCCACAGCAAUCGAGGCAAACGUCGAGCGCGUGCAGGAGGCGAUGGAUGCGGUGAAUGGCCUGCUUCAGCAGGGCAUGGAUUGGGUCGACAUCAGCAAGCUCAUUGAGCGCGAACAGAAGCGCCGUAAUCCUGUGGCUGAAAUCAUCAAAUUGCCGCUGAACCUUGCGGAUAACACGAUUACCUUGUUGCUGGGAGAGGAGGAAGAAAUCGAAGACGACGAAUCCAACUACGAGACCGACUCUGAUGCCUCCGACAGCGACGACGAGGAUACCAGCAACAAGCAAAAAACUGCGAAACGCCUGGAGAUUGACGUCAACAUCACUCUGUCCCCCUGGGCGAACUCCAGAGGAUACCAUGAGCAGAAGCGGAGCGCUGCCAAAAAGGAGGAAAAGACGGUCCUGCAGUCUCAGAUUGCGUUGAAGAACGCCGAACAGAAGAUCCAAGCAGAAUUGAAGAAGGGCCUCAAGACGGAGAAGGCUGUCCUUCAGCCUAUACGGAAGCAGAUUUGGUUUGAGAAAUUCACCUGGUUUGUAUCAUCUGAUGGGUACCUGGUGCUGGGAGGCAAAGAUGCGCAGCAGAACGAGAUGUUGUACAAGCGCUACCUCCGCAAGGGCGACGUUUACGUCCACGCGGAUAUGCACGGCGCCGCGACCGUCAUCAUCAAGAACAGCCCCAGCGAUCCCGGAGCGCCCAUCCCUCCUUCGACACUGGCGCAAGCAGGAACACUGGCUGUGUGUAGCUCGAGUGCGUGGGACUCAAAGGCAGGUAUGGGUGCAUGGUGGGUGAAUGCCGACCAGGUGUCCAAGUCCGCUCCCACAGGAGAGUACCUCCCCACGGGAAGCUUCAUGGUUCGUGGUCAGAAGAACUUCCUUCCCCCGGCACAGCUUCUGCUCGGUCUCGGCAUCAUGUUCAAGAUUAGCGAAGAGAGCAAGGCCAGACAUGUGAAGCACAGGCUGUACGACAGCACUGAUAUCCAGGCUCCGGCAUCCGACAACGCGGCACAAGAGUCUGCGACUGACACGGCUCAAGCCAAUGAUGACAUCCCGGAUGACGCCUCUGAUAUCGGCUCCGACGACGAUCAGGAGGAUGAGAAGCCGCGUGACAACCCUCUGCAGAAUCUUGGACAGAGUGGACAGGAUGACUCGGAGGAGCAGCUUGCAUCCGGAGAGUCCCCUGCCGAGGAAUUGUCAAAUCUGAAGAUUGACGAGGACAAGCCCGCGGAACACUCCGCGAACGAGGAAGCCAGGUCACCAGAAGAACAGGAGGAGGAGGAGGAGGAGGGAGAGGGAGAGGGAGAAGAACAGGAUGACGACGACGAUGAAGAAGAGAGUGACAAAGCAGCCACAGGACAAACAUCAACCCCCGCAGAGCCGGCCGGUGCGCCAGGCUCACAGACCAGCACCGCCACGACCGCGAAGCAGCAACCAGCCAAGCGAGGCCGACGCAACAAAGCCAAGAAAAUCGCGGCCAAGUACAAGGAUCAAGAUGAAGAGGACAGGGAGGCAGCCGAGGCCAUCUACGGCUCCGCUCGCGGUAAGCAAAGAGCCGAAGCCGAAGCGCAGAGCAAGGCCGAGCGAGAAGCGCAGCUGGCGUAUCAGAAGGAGCGUCGCCGAGCGCAGCACGAGAAGCAGCAAAAGGAGACUGCCGAGCACGAGGAGAUCCGCCGCCUGAUGAACGAGGAGGGCGUCGAGGUCCUGGACUCGGAGGAGCUGAGCAAGAUGACCAUGCUCGACUACCUCGUCGGGUGGCCGCUCCCCGGCGACGAGAUCCUGGAGGCGAUCCCCGUGUGCGCGCCGUGGAACGCCAUGGGCAAGUUCAAGUACAAGGCCAAGCUGCAGCCCGGCGCGGUGAAGAAGGGCAAGGCGGUGAAGGAGGUGUUUGAGAGGUGGAAGAGCGCUUCGUCCAAGAAGGGCGUGCUCGACGAGCGGUCGCAGGAUAAGGAGAAGAUGUGGCCGAGGGAGGUGGAGCUUAUGAAGGCGCUCAAGGCUGAGGAGUCUAUCAAUGUCGUGCCGGUUGGCAAGGUGCGGGUUAUGAUGUCUGGUGGCAGCGAUGGCGCGGGCGCAAAGGGGCAGCAGGGUAAGGGGGGACGUGGCGGUAGGGGGUCCAAGAAGAAGUAG